CUGGGAUUUGUUUUCGGGGCUCGGAAGCAGGCCGAGUUCAGUAGUAAUUAGCAUUUUUUUGAGAAGCAUUUAGAAGUACGCGAGCCAAUAUUAGUGGAAAUAAAUUAAUUAAACGGUGAUAUAUUAACUAUAGUAUUUAAUUUACCGUUUAGGUAAAAGUAACUCAUCAUAAUUUGGCAAGUUCAGUCAAAAAGUUUACUCAAUUACCAAGGGAAAGGUGUCUGAAAAUUAUUGUAGCUACCGCAUGUGCUUGAUUUUUCCCUGAUAAAAGCUACGUGUAUUCCCAUUAUGAGUGCCGAGGACGAAAUUUUGCGAAUUCUAAAAAAGCUCAAUAAAAUAUGCAGUGGCGAAGGAACGGACGAGGAUGAGGCACUGGAACUGCUCAAAUCAUUGCAAAAAUUACCGAUAACUUUAAAUCUUUUGCAAAAAACUGGCAUUGGAAUGACAGUGAAUGCUUUGAGAAGAUCUAGCAAAGACGAAGAGGUCAUAUCCUUGUCGAAGAAGCUUAUCAAGAAUUGGAAGAAACUAUUGUCAUCGGAUAAGAAGAAAGGUCCAAGUUCGCCAAGCAGUUCCAAAAAGAAGGAAGAAAAAUCCGAAAAAAGUAAAGAGGACAACGAAUCGAAAAAGGAUAAAGACAUUACCGAUGGUGGCGAUGUGAAAAUCAAGGAAGAAAAAAAUCAAAAGGACGAUAAAAAGAAACAAACAAGUUUCCCAGCUCCAACAACAACCGACGCUGUCAGAUUAAAAUGCAGAGAAUUAUUAGCGAACGCUCUACGAGUUGAUGACUCGUCCUUUGAAGGUUGUGCACCUCCCGAGGAGCUCGCCGAGGAACUUGAAGAUGCCAUUUACCAGGAGUUUAAAAACACCGACAGCAAAUACAAAAAUAGGGUGCGAAGCAGAGUUGCCAAUUUAAAAGACCUGAAGAAUCCAACAUUGAGAACAAAUUUCAUAGUCGGAGCAAUAACACCAGGUCGUCUUGCGACAAUGACUGCCGAGGAAAUGGCCAGUGACGAGAUAAAACAAUUAAGAGAACAAUUUAACAAAGAAGCUAUAAAUGACGCACAAUUGGCAACAGUGCAAGGAACAAAGACCGAAUUACUCAAAUGUGGUAAAUGUAAAAAACGAAAUUGCACCUACAAUCAAGUACAAACACGUUCUGCUGACGAGCCAAUGACAACUUUCGUUUUAUGCAACAAUUGUGGAAAUCGAUGGAAGUUUUGUUAAA